CCGCCGCCGCCGCCGCCACAGACGCGCGGGUGUGCGCGCGCGCGAGCGUGUUCGUACUCCCACGCACGCACGCACAUACGCACACAGGAUGGCGUCCACGAAAAGGAAGCAGGACGAGAGGAACCUGAAGACGCUCCGCGAACUGGUGUCGCAACCGGGUAACAAGGAAUGCUUCGACUGCAACCAGCGCGGGCCGACUUACGUCAACAUGACGAUCGGCUCGUUCGUCUGUACCUCAUGUUCUGGCAUGCUACGUGGCCUGACUCCGCCGCACAGGGUAAAGUCUAUCUCUAUGGCGACGUUCACCCAGGAUGAGAUAGACUUCAUAAAGGAGCAUGGCAACGAGUACUGCAGGAGAAUAUGGCUGGGUCUGAUGAACUCCAACUCCCCGCAGAAUUUCGACACCAAGGACGAGCAGAAGAUGAAGGACCUAAUGAGCGCCAAGUACGAGCUUAAGCGAUACUACCUGGACCCGUCGAUCGCAAAUCAGAACACGGUGGCGCAGCCGAGGUCGCAGUCCGCGAGCAACAUUCCGAGGGUACCGAACUCGGGAACGUCCACGACGCUGCCCGCGCCGGUCGGUCAGAAGCUGGGCAGCAACACGGACGCGUUAAACAAUUCGAAUAAUUUCUCGACGGACUUCGUCGCCGACUUCAGCAAAGUUCCUGAUCCCUUCUGCCCGGCGACGACGGUGCCGGUCGGCCAGUUCGGUCAGCAGCCGAUCGCGCCGCAACCGUUCUUCGCUAACUUCGACAAUAAUCCGGUCUUCAAUAACUCAAAGAGUAUGGAAACGUCCGCAAUGUUUAAUCAGGUCGGUGGGUAUGCCAUGAUGAACAUGAAUGGGAUACACGCACCACCCUCGGAAGAUCGUUAUGCGGCACUUAAAGACUUAGACUCGCUGAUGAAGCAAACGCAAUUGAAGGAAGAGACUACUGGAACCUUAUCCCCGUCUACGUGGGGGAACACAAAUAAUUCGAAUGCACCGAACGCUACGUGGAGCAUAGGAGUAAAUAAUCAAACGCACGUCAUCUCAAAUCCAUUCACAAGUGGCGAUUUAUGGCGACCGUCUGCAAAUGUAGUCAACAAUAAUACUCAAUCCGUCGAUAGCUCUCUGUGUAAUCCCGCGAAUCCAUUUAAGCCGACUCAAUUCUCUGUAAAUAACGAUUCGCAAUGGAUAGGCAUCGGCACGCCUAGUAACGGAGACGUACUACAAUUAAGUCAACUCAUGACACCGCUAGCGAACAAAGUAUGGCAACCAACAGUACCGGCGUAUCAUGCAAAUCCAUUCGUGGUGGGUACGGGAGUAAGCAACAUGACAAGGAAUUCGAACAACCCCUUCUUAUGAUUAUAUACGCGUAAGCUUUCAAUGGAAUUACGAACAAAUAAUGCGAACUAAAAUAUAUUUAGAUUAGGCAAAUUGUUAUAUACGUGACCUUAUUGGCAAUUAGUGCCAUUAACGUUUAUCCCCAGGAGCACCACAAUCUCAUAUCUAUAUAAAUAAAAAAAAAAUAAUACUUUUAUUUAUGAAUAUAAUAUACACGUUAAUAAAGAUUAAUAUUUGUUACUAA